AUGAACUCUCUUAUGACUUUGACACCUCGUCCUGAUACCACCGAUCAUCCGAGUUCCUUCACAAUCCUUGAGGACAAUCGCAUUGCGCUUGACGGUCUCACCGAAAGCGAUACCGACUCGUCUGCGGCUUCGACCCCGGAUCGGAACCCGGCUGGCCUAGCCCAUAUUCGCGCCCUGCAGGAGACGUGCGUCAACGUUAUCCAGAGCCACAAGAGCACCAACAUUCCUGCCGACUACCAAACGUCACUCCCCGAGUCGUCUCCCACUUCUCUCACGGUCAGCUUUGGAAAGCUUCGCAUCGCGAGCUUUGGGACACCCAAGGAACACUGCGCCCCUAGCGCCGACGCCGAUAAACCCCACGACAUCUGGUCCCCUUUGUCAGCCAGGAGACUCCCACCACGUCCAGCCAUCGGCCUUGAAACUUUCGAUCCCCCGAGAGAGGAGCAGUGCGAGAUUGCUGUGGUUAGCCCCUACCCGAACGCAGCUGGAAUUGACUCUCCUACUACUUUUGCCGAGCCACUUCAGCCAAUUGUAGAGGAGAUUCCGCUUGGCGAGAAGAAGCAGCCAAGCAAGACCGUUGCUGGUUUCCAAGAUCACCCAUUGAUGCAACUGCCGGCUUGUCUUCCUGGCAUCGAGGACCAAGUCGCCAAACUUCAGGCAGGUCAGUACGAGUACAGCAUCUCGUAUCCGCCGACGUUGCAGCCCGAUCGCAAUAUUGACGCCGACGAGAACGAGAGCCCUCCUCGCUCGGGCGACAAGAAGAUUGCCUACGGCUGCAACCCCGCGCGACGAAAUGCAGUGUCCAAGGCCGCUCUCCGCAAAGGAAUUCACAUGACUAACACCAUUACUAUGAUAGCUUCCCCGUUAGAGCAUGAAGUGCUGAUCCGAGAGGAGCCCAAGGUCUUGAUCGAUCAGCUAAAGGACACUGUGACUGAGGUUGCGCAAGUCCAGGCUCCCCCUUCGCCAUUACAAUCAAGCGGCGCAAGCCCAAGCGUAAAAACGAUGCACUCACCAGCAUCCGUAAAUGGAUUUUCCAAGUCGGUGACUCCGAGCCCGGUGGCUCCGAGGAUUCUCAACAUUGAGGAUUCGUUGGAAGCACUUGAUCGCCUCGAGGAAGAGCUGGAGGCCGUGAAUGCUGUGACGCACCUCGGACGAGUUCACUCCCCUGAAAUCCCCCCACUUGGCCGAAGCCCAAAUCGCGCAUCGCUGAAGCCUCCACAACCGGCGCCCCGAACCCCAGCGCCAGCGGUCAAGCGGCCUCGCAGCAGCCUUUAUGCCGCAACCGUUCGAGUCAAGUCUACCAGUUCCCCCAAAACGGGAUCGGGCCGGUCGAGAUCAAUGUCACUGGGUGCCGAAGAUCAUGAGAGUCCAAAGCUCGCAACAGCGGGCGCCCCUUCAAAUUCACCAGCAAGGAAACCGAUUCCUCGGCCUGCCAGUCUUGCGCCUCCUAAGCCAUUGGUCAAGUCGAACAGGCCGCGCACCGUUCCAACGUUUGAGCUGCCCGGAGAAGCUGUCGCUAGGCGACUGAAGGAACAGAAAGAAGCCCGCCUCUCGAUGCAGGUCGAUGUUGGGAAGUCGCCCCAGGUUGCACGAACUUCUACACCACAACGCUCUAGAUCCACGCGGGUUCUUCCUCGGCCCACGUUCGAGUUGCCUGGAGAGGCAAUCUCCCGCCGCAAGAAGGAACAGCGGGAGGCUAAGCUCCGAGCGCAAGAGGAAGAAGAGCGGAAGCGGCGCGAAUUCAAGGCGCGUCCUAUCAAGGCAAGCCUCGGACAGCCAAGCACGGCGCCUCGUGAGACUAUUGCUAGCCGCGCCCGACAGGCUAAGGUGGCGCAGGAGGAGAACGCUGGGACUACAGGCGCCAGCCUGAAGCGGCUCUCACUCGCCACGGCUCCCUCAUCUCUCACGGGAUCGCCGCAGUCUCGUGGACGGACCACUGCCACAUCACCUUCCCAGGUGAGCCGUGCGACAUCGGUUUCCGCUGGCAGCGUCAGCGGAAGUGGUAAGAGAAGCACUAUCUCUGCCGAAGACGCGGUGCAACAAAAACUUCGUGGAAAGGAGAUUCUCGCGCGGGACAACCGGUUCGCCAAUGACCGGGACCGGGAGCGGGCCGAGAGGGAGAUGUUGGCGAAGUUGGCGCGAGAGCAAGCUGCGGAGCGUUCACGACAGCUGAGUCGUGAAUGGGCCGAGAAGCAACGACGGAAAGCAGCCGCUGCAACCGCCGCACCCCGAUAA